UCCAUCAUGGCGGCCAAAGAAGAAAAAGUUGUAAUUGUUCCCCAAACUCCAGCUGAGAUACAGCGCCUCAAGCUUCAGAAAUUAAUGAACAAACCCGAUAAACCUGUAGUGAUUCCUGAUGGCCCCCAAGAAAAGGCACCAAGAGCACCUCCAGAAUUUGUCCGAAAUGUAUGGGGAUCUAGUGCCGGUGCUGGAAGUGGUGAAUUUCAUGUCUAUAGAGGAAUAAGGAGGAGGGAAUAUGCAAGGCAGAAAUUCAAUACAGAAAAGAGUGAAAGGGAAAAAUUGGAUCAAGAGUAUGUUGAUAAAGUUGAACAGAAUAAGAAAGCAGCAGAGGAAAGAACAGCCAAGAAAAGAGCAAAAAGACAAAAAAAGAAGCAAAAGCAGAGGUCAAAGAAACCCAAGGCAACAGAAAAGGAUAAAGGUUGGUAUGGGAAUGUUCUAGAGAGGAAGAGGAGGAAGAGAGCGAAGAAGAAGAGGAAGAGGAAGAAAAUGAAUAUACCAUUCGACCAGCGGAUGUAAACAGCACAAAGUCCCUGAAAAUUUCUGAAAAACUGUAUGUUGUUGAGGAGUCACAUGAAACAACCGAGGACAGAUGAGGCUGAAAAAACUAAGGAAAUAUCUUUAAAUUGAUACAUCUAUUCUCCUGGUUAUCUAGACAUUCUCUAAGCCAGUGAGCAUUGUCCAAGGUGGACGAACUUGAGUCUGUUCAUUUAGUUCAGUCUGUGCUUGUCAGGAAAAGACAUCUUACAGUGUGUUCCAUUGUUUGUGUCGGAGGUGCCAGCCAUAUCCAGCUACAUGUAGUGGAAUCAGACCCUGGGCUGCAGGUUUCUGCCAUUGUCUGACCAACGGUGUUGAUAAUGAAAAUACUAAGGAGUUGGGAUGUUUUAUGCUUAGUUUUGGGCUUGGGACAUAGACACCUUAAGGUUUAAAUCUGUCUAUUCAGCAGUGAAUGUACAUGUAACAAUGACGCAUUUGCGUUUGUCAUCUUUCUGUGUCUACAUGUAAAGAUUUCGUUGAGAAGCCACUUCAGCCUGAGCAACUGCUGAUUGUACCAGGUACUGAAACUUCUUGUAGGGUCCCUGUAUGAAACCAAUAAUCUGAAUACACGUAUGCCUUGCAAGGAGUAUGAUAGCUGAAUAUAUUUUUGUCUCAGUAUUGAUACCAAUAAUAUGACCCUACAUGUUGCUUGUCAAUAAACAUGUUUUAUCAGUUAAA